CGUUGUACAGUGGAACAUGACUAAAUAAAAUAGGAAAUCAUGGGUUUUUUCAUCCUGACGGUGAUACAAGUUUGCGCGUCGCGGUUGCUCACCCUUAAACUUGAAGGUUCGCAUUCUUAUACCUUGAUGAGGUUGUGGUCUCUAACAUUUUAAACAUUUACCAUUUUCAUUUCUUCCAGAUGAGUCAUACUUCUGUCAGUCAACAUCGUGGCACCAGUCGGACAAAUGAAAUUUAUGCUUUAAUACAAAUGCCAAAUUCUGAAUACAAAAUUGUACCAGUUGCCGAUUGUAAAAUAUCUGAAGAUUAUGAUCAUGUAACGUAUAAAAACAAAAGCAUAAAAUCGGAAUGUGUACGACAAUUAAAAUUAAUUACAAAUGAUACAACUGACUUUGAAUAUGGAGAGAUUACUGGGGGUGGUAGUAAACGUAAACAUGUUGUAGAUUUAGAUGAUUUGAACGUUUUGGAUGCAACACAAGUGAAAAUGAGAAAAAAAAAUAAGAAAAGAAAAGGUGAUACACAAUAUCCCGGCGAAAAAAGAAUUGAUAAAAAUUCAGAUGCAAUCACAAAAUUAUUUAGUUCUCAUACAACAAACUCAAUCAUUAUCUCACCAAAACGAGCUAGUCCAGCCAGUUUACCACCAUUACUGUUGAAUAGUCUUAGCAGUGAUCCUGCAUCAACAAAUGCACAACAAACUUUAUUAUCACUAUUAACUCAGCAUCCCACACAAGAACAACAAUUACAAUCAACACUGACACAACAAACACCAUUAUUCAAAAGUUCAUCAAAAAUAAAAUUAUUGAGAAAUAAAAAAAAAACGAAUACAAGUGCAAGUACAAAUGAUCCACUUUCACCACAACGAAAACAAUCAAAGGAAAAUCAACCGCCAGUUGUUAUGAAUGAUCGUGAUAUUCAAGAAGUAUUUUUCAAUGAACUUGAAAAUCGCUUAACAAAAAAAAUAAAACCGAUGGAACGACAACUAGAGAUGUUAACGAACGUGGUAUUAAAUAUUCGAGAAAAUUUGCACAAGAAUAACGAUAAAUUAGAUGGAAUAAUGUUACCAACGUUAAAAAAAAUGAAGCAAAAUGUUAUUGACGUUAAGCAAUGUGUAUCUGGUAAAAGUUUAAAAAAUGAUGUACCGGUUCCACAAAAGUUAACAUUGAUAUACAAAGAGAAAAAUGUUAUGCGUCAUAAAAAACCUACCACUACAUGUUCAGCAUUUGCUCGAAAAGUUGCAGCAGAUAUUUUUACGAGAGAAGAUAUUCUCAAUUUGGAACAUGUAAAUAGCAGUGAUCCACGUUGUAAAGUUAUCGAAGAAGCAGUUUCAAAAGCAUAUGGAUGGUCAACUGAAACUUAUGAAGCCAAAUAUUCAGUAUUGAGAAAUUCAUUAGUACAAUUACGUCGAGAUAUUUUAGCUGGGAAAUGUUUAAAAACUGCAGAUCAAUCUGAAGAAAAUGGUACUGAUAAACAAAAUGAUAAUAAUGAACAAGAACAAGUGGAAGUUGAUAAUGAAAAUCAACAAGACGAUCUAGAUGAACGUACUAAUUCGCAUACUUCGUCUUCUUUGCAAUCAAGUUCAUGUUCGUCAGACGAUGAAAAAGAAUGUGCAGAAGAAGCAAAUGGUGAGAAAAAUGAUGAAUUAUCAUUAAGUAGUGGUAACAGUUAG